AGGGCAAAGGAGGCGGAGCUUACUUAAAUCCAAGGGGCUGUUGUCAGGGCGAAGGUGAGGUGAAACGAAGCUGCAAAAAAUGGACUACACGAGAGAGCACUGCUGUACAGGAGCGAGUGGGGCCAUGGAAAACAAGACCGUCACUGACAGUACGAGUCAGUGCGUUCAGAAUCUAACAGAGACGGAUGCCUUCAGAAGCGACAAGCUUUCGGAUCCCAACGUAGAGUACCGGAUGGACUACAAACGACGAGGCCAGGCGCUCAUUUUCAACCAGGAACGCUUCUUCUGGCGCCUUGGCAUGAACGACCGACACGGCACCAACGCUGAUCGCUACAAUCUCGAAAUCAGGCUGAAGGCACUGAACUUCGAUGUGAAGGUUUACGACAGCUACAAAAACGAGGAAGUCCUGGAUAUAAUCCAUAAAGCUGCCGAGAGUAACCACUCCGACUCCGACUGCUUCCUCCUGAUUUUCCUGAGUCACGGCGAGGACGAGCAUGUGUACACCUACGACGGCAAGAUCAGCAUCCAGCGCAUUAUCUCGCUUUUCAAAGGCCACCGAUGCCAAACCCUGGUCGGCAAGCCCAAGAUCUUCAUCUGGCAGGCAUGUCGCGGUGACGUACACGACGAGCCCGUUCUGGUCUGCGACGCCGUGGACAGUGAGAUCAAGACCAACGAGGUGGUGACGGACGCGAGCGCCGUUCACACUCUCCCGGCCGGGGCAGACUUCAUAAUGUGCUACUCGGUGGCAGAAGGUUACUACUCCCACAGGGAGACCUUGAAUGGCUCGUGGUACAUUCAAGACCUUUGCGAGUUGCUGAAGAAGUACGGAGACUCUCUUGAGUUCACCGAACUCCUGACGCUGGUCAACCGCACGGUAGCCGCCAGGAGUGUCCAGGCCAGCAAAGAUAAGGACUCCAUCGGGAAGAAGCAGGUGCCGUGCUUCGCCUCCAUGCUCACUAAGAAACUCUACUUCCGCCCGAAAAAGUAAACAUUCCCAGGCUUUUUUCCGAGCACUCUUGAGGUCGCUUAAUUUAGCUAAUUUUACAUGAUCAAAGCAGAAAUUUAUAGUGAAAAGCAGUUUGUAUCUUUUUGUUAUAUCACAAAAAAGGGAAUUCAUGUAUUUGCGUGUUUAUGUUAGUCUUGUCGGCGUAUAUUUUUAGCACGCAAAAACAGCUGACAGUUGAUGACAGUACCUCAGGGAGUAUGGGUGUGUGCAUUUUUAAACUUUUUUUUUUUUUUUACAUUUGCUACUUUUGUAAAGUCACAUGACCAACUCUGACAAAAUAUGUCUCAGUGACUAACAGAUUCAGCAAAGGACUUUUAUUUCAAUAUUCCAGUUUGUAUCCGCCCUCCUGCCACCCCAUUCCACAUAACAACCUGUCAACAAUAUUCCUGAUUAAAAAUGCAACAUUAUGAAAAAUAAACCAAAAGUGUAUUUCAUUUUUUUUCUGUUUCUGUGAUGACAUCACUCCUUUGGCUGGAUCUGUCCAAUGGGGAGUUGAAGCUGUGUCGGGUAGCGCAGGCGUUUCAGGUCGUCCUCCACCUGGAAUGUAUAGACAUGAAUUGAUAUUAGAUUCUGACAGUAUGAUAAACUUGGCGGUAUCAAAAGUUAAACUUUGGCAACAAGGAAGCCUGACUUUUAACAGCACGUCUGCCUAGGGCAGGGCGGUAAACCGAAAAUUUACCGUCACCGAAAUUCUUAACGAUGACCGACGUAAUUUUGACCAUGUCGGUAAAUUCGGUAAAUUAAUAAAACAAGAAAAUAUAGUCUUUUCAUCCCGCUUUGAUUCUGUGUUGUUCGUCUAUGUUCAUUCCCCUUUAAGAAAGCAGUCAAUGGGCUUACGUAGGGAGUCACGUGAUCAUCAAGAAGCCAAUCAAACAAAAGCCCGGUAAGCUAACGCUAGCAGCUAACGCUACAAGCAAAACGUGAUGGAGUGUGGCUUAAGGGAGGUUCACCAAACUUUCAACCGACAUUUAGUAGACUCUUGGUGGCAUCCAGACGGGCUUUCACCCGCUGUCCUCCCUUGUUCUCACGAUUUCUGGAGAUGGUGCUUUCAGUGCUUUCUACUGGUAGCCAGGCUAACGCUAGCUAGCGGCUAACGCUACAAAUGAACGUGAUGGAGUCGGAUAGCAGCUCUAACUUUGUCGAAACGGCUGAAUUUAAUGAGUGGAUUGGGCACGGACUGCAUCUAGCAAUUACUAUGUGGUGUUAUUUUGUAUCUGUCUGUGUGUGAUUCCUCUGAUAGCUUUUGUGAUGGUAAAUCAUUCAGCAUAAAGUACAAUCCAACGGCGAAACUUAUAAUGACCGAGAAAUGGCCCCAGCUAUUUUUCUGUAUGUGCUUAUUUCUGUGUCAUUAUUGCUAUCAUAAAAUCUUAAGCGUUUCAUUUGAAGAAGAUCAAUAUAGCUUUAAUGUGUGUGUUUCUCUGUGUUUGUUUGGGGGUUCAUUUGUGCGUGCAUUUAUUAAAAAAUGCACUGGGGGGGACCCUGAAACCAUAAUGUAAACACUUGUAUUGAAUAAUUAUGUCACAGCAGCCAUUAACAAUAAGUUGUCUUUUUGAAGUGUACUGUUCAAGCUGCAAGUCAUUUGUGUUACAAUUACAUGUUUGCACAGGCAUAUUGAUUUUGAUAGUGUACAUACUUGAAUUCUUAUUGCUUACAAUACAUUUUUAUAAACUUAAUGUUUAGACUGCAUGUACAAUUGUUAAAUACAGUAUAUGAAAUUGAAUGCUGGUAAAUAAACAAGAAACAGUUAAUCUAUUUCAUGCAUUGAUUCAGAUUUUCAAAUUAUAUAACAGUACGCUUGGGCGAAUUUAUCGUCAUUUAUCGUUAUCGAGAUAAAUCUGCUCAAUUUAUCGUGAUACAUGUUUAAGGCCAUAUCGCCCAGCCCUACGUCUGCCACACAUCUGCCGCACGCGGGUGACGCGAUAAAUCGCAGCGGGAAAAUUACCGCCUUUAUUUUUAUAUACCGCACGAUAAAUAGAAUUAUUGCAUCUUGUGACAGGCUUUGGCUUAAAACCAAUACAGUAUUCCAGGAAAAGAACCUCAUACCAACUGUGAAGCAUUUAGGUGGAAGUGUCAUGGUUUGGAGAUGCUUUGCUCCAGCAGGACCUGGCCAGUUCACCAUGACAGAAUCCAACAUGAAUUCUAUCGUGUAUCAGAGGGUGCUUGAGGAACAUGUGAGAUCAUCAGUGAAAAAAUUAAAGCUGAAGCGAA